AAGUAUAACUUUUUUUUAGGAGGCUUUUUUUACAAUAAUUAUUAAUUACGUUUUUUUUUGCAGAAGAAAUUUUUGAAUCAGAUCGUCAAAGAUCCAAAGAAUUCUAUCCAAUUUACAAGUUGUGGUCUUUUCAUUCGUAUUUUGUAUCACUAGUAGGUCCUGAAGAUAUUGAGUUGGUCCUUGGCUAUCCAAUGCAUAAUAAUAAAAGUUUUAUUUAUUCUUUCUUGCACGGAUGGCUAGGAACGGGAUUAUUAACUAGUAAUGGUGACAAAUGGCACAGAAGACGUAAACUUUUGACACCGGCAUUUCACUUUAAUAUUUUGCAACCAUUUGUCGACAUUUUUAAUAAAGAAACCGAUAAUUUAGUAGAAGAUUUACUUCAAAGUUGUAAUGAAGAAUAUAUAGAUGUUGUGAAACCAAUAACAGAGUUCACUCUGUUUUCAAUAGGAGAAACGUCUCUUGGAGUUAAUUUAAAGGAAAAAGAUAGUAUAUCAUACAAACAAGCAAUACACAAAUAUGGACAACUAAUACCUGACAGAGUCGUAAAUCCGUUACUCUAUAGUGAUUUUAUUUACUCUAAAACGAAAUACCAUAAACAAAUGAAAAAUGUUAUAAAUAUUUUACAUGAUUUUUCAACAAAUAUUAUUAAGGAGAGAAAAGAACAAAAAAACACUAUAGAAAAAUCUGGGAUAUCUUAUUCUGAGCGAAAACGAUUGGCUUUACUAGAUUUAUUGCUUGAUAAGGGUUUGGAAGAUGAAGAAAUCAGAGAAGAGAUUGACACUUUUAUUUUUGAGGGUCAUGAUACAACAUCCAUGGCUUUAUGUUACGCUUUAGUAACUUUAGCAAACGAACAAAAAUAUCAGGUAGGUGAAUCAUACUAUCUACUGAUUAAAACAAAAUAGAAUCGUAAUUAAAAAAAAAUCUGA